AUGAAAGCAUCGAAGCUGCGAACAGCAUACGACAGUGAGGUACCAGCACCGUGCGCCAACAGCAACGGAUGUGAGAAGCGCGAUGGUUAUCACGAUUACAGUUUACCUCGAGCAGCCAGCCGAGCUACCAGUGCACAGUACGACAAACCACGGACAGAUAAUUUCAGGAUGGACACCGAAGGCACAUCGCAGGGCACGGCCAUCAAGAAUAGCAACGAGACAGGAAAUUCAAGAAAUCGCUCAACAAUCCGCAAUUAUGAUGUGCCCAAAGAUACACUGAAUGACGAGGUGCUGAAAAGUGGAUCUCAUAGAACGCCACCUCCUGAUUCACCAACCAAACAGCCGCUGCUAAAGACCGAUACAUUGAUGAAUUCAGGAUCUCAUCGGAGUACACCUCGCUCACCGCCUCCCACUAUUCUCCUCAGAAUCGGAGGUAAGGGCCUUGUGAAAAAAAAAGACGUUCGAGCACUUCUUCAAAUGACUAAUGACCUGUGCGCUCCUCGGGGACGAAUUACUGCAAAUGUUACAUGUAUGUCGAAUGGACAAACACAUAUAUCAGAAAGGCCUGCGCAAAGGCAUUCUUUAACAUAA